CACGAGGAAAUGAAGCGAGCACCCUGGUCCACUAAUAUUUGGAAAUGCGAAUAAACCGGGGCUGGUCACUUACAAGUGGACGAUAAAUUGUGUGGUUACGAAUUAGAGGCCGCCACACUGACCAACGGCGGGAACGCCAACCACUAAUUCGAAUUCUCGCUCUUCUCCUGCUCAUACUGUACAAUCCAUUACUAUCAUGUCUUCAAACUCAGCAGCAGCAGCAGCAUCUCCAGCUGACGGGUCGAAUAAAAAGAUCCGAAAGCCCUACACCAUAACCAAGUCCAGAGAGAGCUGGACCGACGAAGAGCAUGACAAGUUCCUCGAAGCUCUUCAGCUGUUUGACCGUGAUUGGAAGAAAAUCGAAGAUUUUGUUGGUUCCAAGACCGUAAUUCAGAUCCGUAGUCAUGCCCAGAAAUACUUUUUGAAAGUCCAGAAGAAUGGAACGACUGCACAUGUGCCACCGCCUCGCCCCAAGCGCAAAGCUGCUCAUCCCUACCCACAAAAGGCACCUAAAAAUGAUUUGUCAGGUUUGCUGCCGCUGCAGGCAUCUAUGGGAUUUCCUUCUUCAUUGAAUUCUUUUGGACCUGGAUAUUCUCCGUGGGAUGAAUCUUCCAUGCUCAUAAACACACAAUCAAAUGGAAUUACUCCACAAGAUGAUUAUCAUCUUCAUGGAGCUGAAGCUGAUAUUGGAUCAGAGGAUACUUCCAAAAUGGGAGUCAGCUGUCUUAGUGGCAGAGCAAGCACAAGUCAAACUCUACCUAGUACCGAGUUGAUAGAGGAAGGGAAACAAAGUUCUGUCAGUCAUGGAAUACCAGAUUUUGCUGAAGUCUAUGGCUUCAUUGGGAGUGUCUUCGAUCCAGAUACCAGCGGUCAUGUGGAUAAACUAAAGGAAAUGGAUCCAAUAAACUUUGAGACAGUUUUGUUGUUAAUGAGAAAUCUUACAGUUAAUUUGUCUAGCCCUGACUUCGAGCCAAUGAGAGAAGUCCUGUCAUCGUACGAUGUCAAUGCCAAAACUGUAGGAGUUGCUGCUGGCAAUGUUUGUCAAGAACCAGAACAAUGACUCUUCCUAUUGUUUCGCAUGCCAUAUAUAUUGCUGUUUUCAUUAUAAAUGAGAAAUGGGCAUACACCAUUUCUCUGAUGCAACACCUGGAAGUCUAAGUUGAAGAACAGAGCGACAGGUCAUAGCCUAGAGCCCUGGAGCGGACACCUGGAUGAAUGGGAACACCAACCACCUGAUAUCCUAAUCUUUAAGCAUAGGUAUUUCCGAAGCCGUUGUACAGCAAUUUCUGGAUAUUAUAGUCUAGGUUUUCUAGCAUAUGAUGUCGAUAUUGUGCAGUUGUUGGGGAAUUAUUUCUAUUAGUUUGUGGUCAUUUAAAAUUUGUUUUGCACCAAGUAAUGCUGAGGCCGUGUAGCUCUAUGUGGUUUCCAGCAUGGACACUAAUGCAGCAUCUCAAGUAUAAGAGAUUAAGAUAAAUUGGUCUCAUGAGAUAAUAAGCUUAUCAUUCAUAAACUGUAAUGCUAUAAUUAAUCUCACCAGCAGGCAGACUCAUUCUGUAGAUGUACAUGUUUCGAUCUAUUUUCACGUUUUUGAAGUCUUUCAGGUGUGAAAACCAUGUACAAUCUCAUCCCCUAUCGUGUGUAAUUUUCUUAUUUACUUCUUACCAAACUUUUUUGCUGUAUUA